AUCGACUGAAUAUUGACAGAUUAGCCAUGCGGUUUCGGAGUUGUGUAAAUUGAAAUUUAGUCGUGCACGUGGUGUCCUGUUGAUUAAAACUAAGGUGAUGCGCGGGUUCUAAAAAAGUUAGGUUAAGAAAUGAUUGAAGACGUCGAAAGUAGUUUAGUGUCGACAAAAAUUGAUAAUAAUAGUGGAAACAAACAUCAAAAUGGAACGGUAAAUCAUGAAGGUGGUAAUAAACCACCGGCGGAUGGGGGAUCGCGAGCAUGGGUGAUAAUGUUAGCUUCCUUUUUUUGCAAUGGAAUCUUAUUUGGCGUUAUCAAUUCUUAUGGAGUUCUUUAUUCGAAAUUUUACGAUAAAUUACAAAGUAGAAAUGAUAGUCGUGCUUCUGGAAAAGCAGCUUUAAUUGGUUCCUUUUCCAUGGGAACAGUAUUUUUCGUGUCUCCCGUAUCUGGGGUUUUGACUGACAAUAUAGGCCUUCGACAAACAACAUUCCUCGGUGGUGCAAUAGCUUCCGGUGGAAUGUUACUAUCUUCAUUCUUUAUCGAUGAUAUCGUAAUUCUAUGCAUUACGUAUGGAGUCAUGUACGGUUUAGGAGGGGCAUUAGCGUAUACACCGUCUUUGGCUAUUUUAGGACAUUACUUCAAGAAGUAUUUGGGAAAAGUUAACGGGUUCGCUGCAGCCGGUAGUUCAGUAUUCACGAUUGUAAUGCCUUACUUAAUCGAUGCUUGUUUAAGGCGAUUUGAGAUAGAAUGGACUCUGCGAAUAUUGGCUCUUCAAUCAAGUUUAAUAAUGCUGUUCGCGUUCUUGUUCAAGCCAAUCACCCUAACUCCACAAAUUAAAUAUAAAAAAACUACAAUCGCUGAUAUUUUCAAUAUCGCUCUAUUUAAAAAUUACAAAUAUGUAAUCUGGGUGAGUUUUAUAGCCAUUUCUUUGUUUGGUUAUUUUGUGCCAUAUGUAUACAUGCUCAAAUUCGUCGAACUGAACUUUGAAAAAGGAUCCGACACCAAAUUACCUAUAAUGUGUAUAGGUGUGGCAUCAGGUUUCGGGAGACUAAUAUUUGGUUAUAUAGCUGAUUUACCUAAAGUUAAUAGAAUUUACAUGCAACAAUUGAGUUUUUUCAGUAUAGGAUUAAUGACAAUGUUAUUACCUUUUACUGUUGGACAUUAUGCAUGGUUAGUAGUAAUUACAUUGGCUAUGGGUAUUUUUGAUGGAUGUUUUAUAGCUCUUUUGGGUCCUAUAGCAUUUGAUAUCUGCGGUCGAGAAGGAGCUACACAAGCAAUAGGUUUUCUUUUAGGAGUAUGUUCUAUACCAUUAACGUUGGGUCCGUAUAUUGCUGGUAUUAUUCUCGACACAUACAAUAACUAUACAUUGCCUUUUAUGUUGGCUGGUGUACCACCCGUGAUAGGAUCCAUAGGGUUAUUUGCAAUAAAAUGCUCUCCGAAAACCUCAAUACAAAAUAAAACAAAACAAACGCAAAAUAUUAAAGUGGAUGCCACUGAGAAAGAAUCGUUCGCAUUGCAAGAAGACGUCAUAAAACCAUAAAAAUGAAGACAAACCAUUUUUAUAAAAAAUUUUCAAUCUCACUUGUUUACUCAUAAUCUGCUCCAUUCCUGCAAACAUUGUGUUCUACUUGCUUUUAUAUACAUAAUGUUUCAGUCAAUUCACAUAUAGAUCAGACAGAAAUUUUUCUAAUUACAUAGGCUGUGAAAACAACAUGGUAAUUUUUUGAAAAUAAUCAAAAUUAUUUUUAACUGAAAUUAGCAUGCCUUUAUGAUUGAUAGUUAUAUUUCAAGCCGAACAUAUGGGAUUUAUAUUUUUUUUUAAAUAAAAGAUUAAUAAUUGGCAUAUAGAAAUGAAUUCAACCAAUUAUAUGAAUAUCUCAAAUGCAAUGGAUUUUAAGUGAAAUGACUUGAAUUAAUUUUCGAUGGUUUGGAAAUGUGCCAUAGAUAUUAUUAUCAGUAAUAACAGUAUUAAAAUAUAUCUAACGUUGUUUAAGACAAAACAUUGUAAUAUUUUAUUAUUUACUACCAUCUACAACAAAAUACUUUGAAUUAUCUCAUAAAUAAAUUAAAUGAAAGGAAUCUUGAAUAUUUCACAAACAGUUAUAAAUCUUCAUUUUUGCAUUCCAAUGUUAUUUGAUAUAACAAAAUUAUUCAAUGAGUUUAGGAAUUACUUUAGUCAAGAAAUGAGUAUCAUGAGGUGAAGUUGGCAAAAAAAACUAACUCUCUUCAAUUGUCUUAAUUUUAUUGAGUACAUGUUUGCUAUUUUUAUGAGAAUAGCAUGAUACCAUUUAAAAAUGUUUUUUACCGGGAAUGAAAACUGGUCCAAAAGAUUAUAGAUAAUUUAAAAAUUCAAAAAAUCAAAAUCAAUCAAAAUUCUUCAAAUUAUUUUUGUUUAAAUGGGGAUGGUGUGAUUUGUCUAUAAUUUUUGUAUUUUUCGUGUAUAAUGGAACAUCAAAUUUUUCAAAUGAUUAAGUCAUUCCAGUUUUGAUUUAAAAUAUUUUAUAAUCAUAUGUAAUAGAGUAAGAUGGCGGAAUGGCGGUCAGUGGGCAAUUCUGGUCACGUUAAAAUCUUCAACUUCCAAAAACAUUCUGCUAUUGCUACUAAUAUUGCCAUUUAGUAAGGGGCCGAGUAAUCUUAUUUUACCGAGUAAUUUACCAAGCGGCGCUAUUUUGAAUCGUGCGUAGUGAGUUUGACAGUUGUGUGAAGGUACGAACGUGUUUUGUUGUUAUAAAAAAAAAUUAUAAAAUCAAAAAUUUAGUUAAAGGUAAGCUUAAAGUGAUUUAUACCAUUUAAUAUAUAUAUCGUAUCCCAUGUGCUUGUUAGAUUUUGUGGAAGUUAUUAUAUUUUUAUAUUUUGGAGUUAUGUACACUACAAGAUCGGAUAAGGAAGAAUGUGUUUGGUUGAUUAUAAAAAAGAAGUUUAUUUUGGUUAAAAUAAAUAUAAUAUACUCAAAAACUAAGUAAAGAUAGUUCUUAUGCUUCUCAAUGUGUGAUUUUCGAGGUAGAAAUAUAAAUAAUUUUAAUAUAUUUGAAUUUUUAACAAAAGAGUUAAUUUUUGUGAAAAUUUGAAAAAAUAUUUUGCAUAAUUAUAAUUGCAUUAUAAAUAAAACGUCGUUUUAUUUCAUUUUAGUUAUGUUAGAAGCAAACCUGUAUUAAUUUGGAAUGACCGGUAAUACCCCAAAAGUUUUACAAACCGAUUGAAAAAUAUGAAACAUGUGAUAGAUUGUUAAUGUGUUUGAUAUAUAUAUAUAUAUAUAUAUAUAUAUAUAUAUAUAUAUAUAUAUAUAUAUAUUUAGCGCACUAUAUAGGCUCAUUAUGCCGUAAGUCCCUCAAAUAAAUUGAAAAACGGACCAAUUAUUAAAUGACCACCAUUCCCCCAUCUUACUCUAACGUUUUGUCAAAUUUCAGAAAAUUUAAUCUUAUAAUUAACUAAUCUGUAACUGUACCAGUUUGGUAUACAUACUACUGAUAUAUACAUAUAUGUAUAUCCGAAUAGAUUUAAUUGAAGGGCUAUUUAUUGAUUCCAUUCAAACUCUUAGCAAAGAAAAAUCUUCAAAAAUAGGUCAGAUUCAGUAUUAAUAUUGCUAAUUUGAAAUGGUGUGAAAAGUUCACAGAAUCACUUUUCAUUCUAUACUAGUAGAAAAUGAAAAGUUCACAGUAUCACUUUUCAUUUUAUACUAGUAGAAAAAUAAAAAAUUUCCAUAGAUAAGUUGUGUAAAACACUAGCUAUCAAAAUAUAAUACAUUGUACCGCAAAAUUAAUGUGAAAAUCUAUUUUUUCUUCCAACUGACACUGAGGAGCUAAAUUGAUUAUCUCGGAAUAGCUUGAACAUAUUUUAGUUAUAUAGCCUGUCAAUAACAAAUCAAAGUAUAUAAAACUUUUAUUCAUGUAUUUUAGAAAGAAUAUAAUAUUACAUUACUUGUUGCUUGUCUUCGAGGACGGAUUUGUUAAAAUGAUAAAGACUGUAUUCAGUUUAUAAUUUGUUUAUUGAUUUAUAUUUCUAACGAUCGAACCAAAACUGGUUACAUAUUCUCGCAUUUACGACUACCCUGACUUAGUGAGAUCCCUCCUAUAUCUAAAGUGGGAGAUGCAAUCCCCACUUGUUAUAUAUUACAAGAAUUUUGUAAAUUAUUUCAAAAUUAUGUAUGCCCACAACUUGCAAUGAUUACUGCUUUCCAUCUUCAAAGCGCACAUAAAAUUGGGUUUCUAAUAAUGAAAGUUUAUUUAAGCUUCCAGACAACCCACAAAAUGAGGUUGAAGUCUUCUGGACUAAGGUAAAGUUGCAUUUUUCAUUAUCAGAGGUAACUUAAUUGUUCUCCAACUACGUGCAGCCGUGGUUUAUUAUGUUUUAAUAGAAUAAAAAGGUUACUUAUAAUGAUUCUAAAACGUUAUGUAUUAAGUAGCUGUAAGCCGACAUCACCGAAUAACAACCAAGACUGUAAUACUUCUCCACUACACUACAAUGUUCAUAAGGAGUAUUGCUCACUCGUAAACUAAUACACGCUCCUACAAGGAUCGACAUCAAAACAACAAAAUUGUGACUCAUUAUUGAAAAUAAUAUGGCGCUUCGGCGUUCUAGAACAAACUGAUAUUUAGGAGUUGAAAAGGAACCAGUUGUAGCAUUCGCAAAAAUCGAUUUUGAAUAUGCGUCUUCCGCCUUGUUCAGGUGUCGGGUUUCCCAAAAUCGUGUCAAUGCUUUGGACACUUUUAAGUCAACUUCUCUUAAACUUGUAGCCAUAAGUGCUAUGAUACUAGUACAAUCCUCGGCCGAACAAUUUCUAUUGUCACAGGCUCUUUUUACCUUACAAAAUUUCUCUACCAAACAUUCGAAAUAAACUACCUACAGAAAUCAUACAAUGGAGUUGUCAAGAUUUAAAAAAAAAUGACUAUGCAUUACACAUAACAGUGUCUUAAAAUAUUAGACAUCGCAAAAAUCUCUAUUCCAGUUUCAGAUUCAAAUGUCAGUUUUAUAAAAUAUCUGUUAACUUUGUGGUACAGUAUAUACUGAUUCUAUGGAAAUUCACACGCCUAUUAACUUGUCAAUUAAAUAAUUUUUAUAUUAGAAGAUAGUCACAAAGUACAAAUCUCCAGGAAACAUAUGCUCCAUAAACAUGAUCGAAUAUUUUAUAGUAUUAUCAAUAUGAAAUAAUCUAAUUUAUAAAAAUUUAAUUGUUAGAAUUUGAUGAUCAUAAUUCAUGCCUUAUUCGGUAUAGAAGUUAAUAAAGUUUUAUCGCA